AUGUCUGUGGAGGUCAGGCAGUCAGAGGGGCUUCACAGUCAGUCCCCGGGGCCAGGUGGACCUUCGAGGGCCGCGGACACAGACUCUCCAUCCAUGCCCGCGCCCUGGAGCCUGCCCCGUUGGAGAGCUUAUGUGGCUGCUGCCGUGCUCUGCUACGUCAACCUCCUGAACUACAUGAACUGGUUCAUCAUUGCAGGAGUGCUGCUGGACGUACAGAAGUUUUUCCAUAUCAGUGACAGCAAUGCUGGUUUGCUUCAGACAGUCUUCAUCAGCUUCCUGCUGCUGUCUGCACCCGUGUUUGGCUACCUGGGCGACCGACACAGCCGCAAGGCCACGCUGAGCUUCGGUAUCCUGCUCUGGUCCGGAGCCGGUCUCUCCAGCUCCUUCGUCUCCCCCCGGUACUCCUGGCUCUUCUUCUUGUCCCGGGGGCUGGUGGGGACUGGCACAGCCAGUUACUCCACCAUCGCACCCACUGUCCUGGGAGACCUCUUCGUGAGGGACCAGCGGACCCGUGUGCUGGCCAUAUUCUACAUCUUUAUUCCUGUUGGAAGUGGUCUGGGCUAUGUGCUGGGGUCGGCUGUGACAGAGCUGACUGGGAACUGGCGUUGGGCCCUCCGAAUCAUGCCCUGCCUGGAAGCUGUGGCCUUGAUCCUGCUUAUCAUGCUGGUUCCAGACCCACCCCGGGGAGCUGCUGAGAAGCAGGGGGUCGCAACCACGGGGGACCCACGGAGCAGCUGGUGUGAGGAUGUCCGUUACUUGUGGAGAAACUGGAGUUUUGUGUGGUCGACGCUUGGGGUGACAGCCAUGGCCUUUGUGACUGGAGCUCUGGGCUUCUGGGCCCCCAAGUUUCUGUUCGAGGCCCGUGUGGUGCACGGGCUGCUCCUUCCCUGCUUUCGGGAGCCGUGCAACAGCCAGGACAGCCUGAUUUUCGGGGCACUGACUGUUGUGACUGGCAUUAUUGGGGUCAUCCUGGGAGCAGAGACUUCAAGGAGGUACAAGAAAAUCAACCCUCAGGCUGAGCCCCUCAUCUGUGCUGCCAGCUUGCUUGCUGCAGCCCCCUGCCUCUACCUGGCUCUCAUCCUGGCCCCGACCACCCUCCUGGCCUCCUAUGUGUUCCUGGCCCUUGGGGAGCUGCUCCUGUCCUGCAACUGGGCGGUGGUUGCCGACAUCCUGCUGUCGGUGGUGGUGCCCAGGUGCCGGGCGACAGCUGAGGCGCUUCAGAUCACAGUGGGCCACAUCCUGGGAGACGCCGGCAGCCCCUACCUCACGGGACUUAUCUCCAGCGCCCUGCGGGCGGGGCGCCCCGACACUUACCUGCAGCGCUUCCUCAGCCUUCAACAGAGCUUCCUGUGCUGCGCCUUCGUCAUUGCCCUGGGCGGCGGCUGCUUCCUGCUGACUGCGCUGUACCUAGAGAGAGACCAGGCCCAAGCCCAGAAGUCUGGCACAGGGAUCCUUGAGAGCGAGAACCAACGCCUGAUUUCUGGCAGGGGUGCCUCCCCAGAAGACCCCUGAGGCCCUGCCUGGCAGCAAGGAGGUCCCACCUGCCCUGUCUGUACCCCUCUGGGUGACCUCCACUGGAUCAGUGCCUCUGCCCACCUUUGACUGUGGCUCCAGGACCCUGGCCGAGCUGCA